AGUACAACCAGCAUAAUGGCUCGUGUAUACGGGAAUGGCACGAAUAGUGUUUAUGAAGAAAACGAACUGGUAUUCACCCGAAAUAAGCGUAACGAAACAAAGUUGAACAAGAUGGUAGACAAGCAACGAACUUUUUUGACAUACUUCGUGGUAUGCUUAACCCUUUCAGCCAUUAACGGACAACACAUUCAAGUAAACACGGAUCCAGCAAGAGUUGUCGUCAUAGAAAAUCAAAGAAACGUCAGUCUCAUGUGUCGGGUCGGCCGUCCUAUCCAGAUUUGCACAGUAACCCUGCCAAAUCGAGAUCAACAGGUGUUGUUAGAUCCAAACGCUCCACCCAGAGAUGGUCUACAAUACUUCGGACCAGGUUUCAAUGCCGGAGUAUGUGGCGUAACAAUUGAUCGAAUAUCGACAGCACACAACGGUCAGCUGAAAUGUUCACUAUUCAUAGACGGUGUUAGUGCGGAAAGCUAUAUCGAUGUGGUGGUGGCAGUGGCUCCUACAAACCCCAAAAUCGAGACGUAUCCUGAACGGGUGUCGUUUGAGGUAGAUUCAAAAUUAAUGGCCAAAUGUAUUACCGAAAAUGGUAACCCAGGAGCAGUUUUAGCUUGGUAUUUGGAGGAUGAACCCUUGUUUCAGGGUGUUGGAAGACCACAGGAAACCCAAGAGGCGGACCAACCUGGUGUCACAAAUAUUCUUACUUUAGAACGAUCAAUUCAGGCCAGUGAUAGUGGUAAACGAUUAAUCUGUGAAGCCAAGCACAUCGCAUAUCCGGAAAGAGUUUCAAAGACUUCUCGACAAAUAACAGUUAACUUUGCACCACAAGCUCUCCCAGAAACUACUGUUCACGGGCUGACGUUAGGGCGUACUGUAGAUGUCACUAUCACUAUUCGCUCAAAUCCAUUGCCACAUGCCUAUUGGUCGGUGGACGGUGUGGAAAUCGAACAAGGCAUGGAAAGUGGUCGUUUGUCAGCUCGCAUUCCGGAACCGUUGGGUAAUGAUUCUUAUAAUAUGACCCUUACAAUUGCUGGUCUCACUUUGGAAGACCUAUCAAAAACCUAUUUUCUACGAGCCGUUAACCAAGUGGGAACGCAGGAUUACACUAUUAUGUUGAGCUCAAUGGAGGCUGAAGUCGAUGAAUCUGGUGGUGUCGGAAUUGGAGGAAUCAUAGGCAUUGUACUGGCAGCACUUAUAAUCCUAACAGCCGUGGCACUGAUUAUUGUAGCCCGAGCUACCGGUAGAUGGUGCUUCCGAGGCGCUUCGCUUAACGCCGAUAUCAAUCCAGACUCGGAAGCUCAGAUAACACCUCACUCACACGAGGAGGACCUGAAUGAUGAGAAGCUACAACAGCAAAAUCCGGCUGCCAACUAUGAGUCAGAUGUGAAGGCACCGGUUAUUGAACCCGACACGGAUUGCGAACCAUCCCAAAAAACCGGAAUGUGUGAAAAUGGGAAACAACAAACAACAACAUUCGUAAACACUGGCAAGAGGCAUGAAAAUGGGAAAAACGAUAACAAGUCUAACACUUCUGUUUAGUUUAGUAGAAAGAAUUAUCGGACCAUGAGCAGUUGAACAUAAUUUUUCUGGAAUUGACCUCUUUGAAACUUUUACUGCCUGUUCGCACUUGAAAAUAAGAUCUGAUUAAAAGAUGAAUGUUCUAUCAUAUAAUUUAUACACAUGUUCUUGCAUUUUACCCAGAGACUGAUUCUCAUGUUCUCAUGUAAUUAAUCGUUAUGUACUCGACAGGGUACCCGGGUACCUUUUCUGACUUUAUUGCUUCAGAAAACAAGUAUAACCUCAACUAAGUCAGUUGAAACUUAUGGAAUGCCCCUAACUAGUGGAAAUAAACCAUUCUCAAUCAUAAGCAUAGCAGCAGGGGGGAUCGGAGGGGGAGGCUUCGAUUUUUUUUACCCCAUGAAUCGACAGGGUACCCGGGUACCGACAGCAUGAAAUGCUUCUUGCUUUUUCAUUUCUUGACCGAUUUUCGAUCUUGGCCAAGAGAUUGGAAAAUCUGUCUACUUUUAGAAUCCGGGACCACAUCUGGUUCCUGUGAAUCCGGAUUGUCGGGAGCAUGUUCCGGUGAGACAAAUUAGUAUAAUUGUCAACAAAAUCGAUCAACAUUGGUAUCAAAAUUCAUUAAAUCACUCCAGGAGUUGAUUUUUAGUUAUUUGGAGUCCAUCUGAUAAGUUGUCCAAAAUAGCCAUUUCGGAGCAGAUUCCCGAUCUUGAACAUGGUCCCGAAGAUCCGGUAUACGGAAACCGUUUUGGGGACCAAUAGCUCUUAAGGUCCCGUAUUCUAAAAAUAGACAAAUUUUCCAAUCUUUUGUCGGGUCAAGAUCGAAAAUCGGUCAAGAAUUGAAGAAGUAAGAAGCAUUUCAUUUCGGUGGGUACCCGGGUACCCUACCGAGUACUUACGUGAGUUAAAACUGCCGAGUACAUAACGGUUAAAGCGGUAAAUAUUUCUAAAACACGAUCUACCAAAUUUCGAUGCAAAACUCAUUCUAUAUGCAACCCAAACGUUACCCAUCAAACGCAGGUAUAUUUUUUAUUUUCGUACAAAGAUUUUUCAAUCAGUAUUCGAUACUUUGAAAAGUAUUUACAAUAUACAAAUUUUCACAGUGUCAAUAAUUUUUAUAAUCAUUAACCUGGACUCUAAUUUGAGGAACUAAAAUGGCUAAACAUACUAGCUUAUACUUGAUUUUGGAGAAAAAAUAUAAAAGCUUUGUAUUUCCUAAUUUUAUGGAUUUACGAUGCUUAGCUCUUAUAGUUCUGGGUCACUUACCAACUUACUUGUGAUUGUGGUUACUUUGGACUUUAAUUUGAUUUUACUUUGGACUCUAAUUUGAGGGACUCAAAUGGCUAAACAUUAGGGUGGGGAAAAGUGAUCGAUUUACCAAAACCAAGCUUUUUUGGUUCCUUUUGAGGCCCCAAACAACCCUAAACUUAUCGAAAGUCGAUUGGUUUUGUCUCCGCUUGGCGCAUUGCAUUUCAAAUUUGUAUGAAAAUUUCUAUGGGAAAACCUACUUUUUUGCAUUUACCUAUCUAGAGAGCUCAAUAAUGAUCUAACAAUGCACUACAUUAUGUUAAUGUUAAUAAUGUGUUAAUAAUGAUCUAACAAUGCACUACAUUAUGUUAAAGUAUAGUAUUUUAGAUGCCUAACAACUUUGCAGAAGGCACUGAAGAGCUAGGAUGUCCAUAAGAAGAGCUAUAGCUAUAGCUGUUCAAAGUUGAGUAUGUCGAUUUAAAAGCAGGAAAUCUUGUUUUCUGCCAACAUUACCAAUGUACCGGCGUCAGUAGGAUUUACAUCAGAAGUAACCUGUUGUUACGAGUUUAAACACUCAGCUGGAUCGAGCAAACAAAUUUAGGUCAAUAUUCUAGGCAUAGGUAGAAUCUACAACGUGUUUCUGACUAACUGACUAACGCCGGUACCACUGCCAGUGUUGGCAGAAAAAAUGAUUUGCAACAUAAAUUCCGACAUACUCAACUUUGAACAGCUCCAGUAUUUUUUUAAGACACCCUAGCUCUUUAAUGUCUUCGGCCAAGUUGUUAGGCAUCAAAAAACCUACCAUUUGAAGUCAUGAAACCUAUGGUUUGAGCCACUUUGAGCUCUUUAGAAUGGAACAUGCAAAAACAUUGGGUUUUCCAGACAAAUCUCAAUAUAAAUUUGAAAUGCAAUGCGCCAAGCGAAGACAAAACUAAUCGACUUCCGAUAAAUUUAGGAUUAUUUGGGGCUCCAAAUACAACAACAAAAAUUUGGUUCUGGCUUUCUGCUAUCAAGUUUCGUUUUUUUCAUAUAACGAUUCCCCACCCUACUAAACAUACAUGCAAACAUAAAGCUUUGUAUUUCCUAAUUUUAUGGUUUUACGAUGCUUAGCUCUUAUAGUUCUGGGUCACUUACCCACUUAUUUGUUAUUCUGGUUACGAAAGUAAUCUUUGUUUAUUUUCAAGCUAGCACAAAGAAAUAAAUAAUAGAAAAUAGAUUUUUUUUGGUGCGCAGUUGGACCAACUAUAAAUAGAUGUUAAAAGUCUAAAGAAAUGUAGACUAUGUUCAACUAAGAAAGCCUUAAUAAAGCAUUAACGGUCCAUUAUUAAAACAAUAAUAAGAAAAUAUUUUUCAAAAUGUGGUCUGGUGGAAUAAUGUUUCUGCAGUAACAAUGAAAUAUCAAAUAGACUCAAAAUUUUAUUUAGAGUUAGUCAAGAACAACGUACUUAGGUAAUAAUAGCAUCGGCUAACAAGCGAAAAUAAGAUCUUUCUCGUUUUAUGAAAAAUUAUAAUGGUUUAUCAAAAUUAUUGUUAUUUAUGCAUUUUGUGUUUACUAUGAGAUAAGUUUGUUGAGCUCAAAUAGUAAAAGAAGCAUGACCAGUCUCUUAUUAGAAGAAUAUAAAAAAAAUUCAAAAUAUGGUUCAGACCAAUGCAUGGUCACCUUAAAAAAGGAAUCUCACAACGUUUAACGGUACUAUGUUUUUACAGUAACAAUGAAAUGUCAAGUAGACUCAAAAUUUUUUUAGUAUUACUCAAGAAAAAAGUACUUAGGUGUUAAGGUGAAAUGGUGUUGAAACCACGAAUGACCAAUAUCAAACCAAUACUGCGAUGUUUUAACCCUGUACAUAUAUUUUUAUAUGCGUAAAAGGAUGCGUCAAAUUGAAUCUCGACUUUCAAAUGAUUGAAAAUGCAACUUUUUCUUUAUAAAUUAUCGAUGAUUGAUCAUUAUGGUGUUAACACAUCGAUAAAUAACAAAAACAAGUUUUAAUAUUUCUUCAUUGAUUAAGAAAAAAGACAAGAACAAACUGACGCAUUGUUAGACGAAAUGAGUGCAGUAUUGCUGAAAGCGAGGAGUUAAAUUGACACAGACUAUCUUUCCAGGGUUAGGGGGACAAGAUCCGGUAAUAGUAAUUGCGUCACCCGUGAACAUGCUAUUUCAUGUUUGCUGUGGUGAAGCCACCACAGCAAACACAAAAUAGCGUUUUAACAGGGAAUACACUAACUAUUUCCGAGUCUCGUGCUUUUGAAAAUUCGAAGUGAUGGCUUCAACACAAUUUUACCUUAAUAUCAUCGAAUAACAAGUGAAUACAAGUAUUUUCUCGUUUUGUUAUAAUUUGUAGCGGUUUGCUGGAAUUAUUGUUAUUUAUUAAUUUUGUAUUUGCUGUAAGAUAAACAAUAGAUAACCUUCAUUCCCCACGUAGUAGUUUUUUAUCGCUAUCCUCAACAAUAAUGUAAGUAUCAAAAAAGUUAGCUAUAGUAACGCGAAAAUAACAAAUCAUAUGCACAAAGUGUCCAUAUACGAUAGAAAGCUAAGAAUAUCUACUACAAACACUUUUACACUUUUAAAAACUAGGCCGUUACGGUGAAUAUAUAUAUAUAUAUAUAU